GUAUGAGAAUGGCAACAGAAGCUUUCAGUUUCUAACAGACAGCUGCUAUAAGGAAUCAAAACAACCUCCCUUUUCUUCUUCCCAACUCAACUCAGUCCUAACAACAACCCUCCAUCACUUUGAUGUUUUGUCCGCCGUAAUGCCUGAUUCUGAGAAAUUAACGGCCUUGAAGAAGGCUUAUGCCGAUAUCAUUCUCAAUACCGCCAAGGAGGCGGCGGUGAGAGUAAUGGCUUCGGAGAGGAAAGCGAUGAGGUAUCAACAGGAGCUUUUUUCUGCCAAGGAUGAGUCGCUGCGUUUGCUGGUCCGAUUGAAACAUAUGUUUGACUCUAAGGUCAAUGAAGCAGAAAUGACAUCCUUGAAUCAACAGAAAAAGAUUGAAGAGCUUGAAGCUCAAUUGGGGGAAGCUGAGGAUAUAGUAAGAGACCUCAGAGAAGAGUUGAGAGAAGCACAGGAUGAGUUGGAAAAGAUUUCGAAGGACCGAAUAAGGCAGCUAGAUGAACAAAACUUAAAGUGUGAUGUUACUACUGUAGAAACAUCAGAGGAAAACAGAAUCAGCAAUUUUGGGUCAGCAAUGCCAUCUGUACCUAAUUUAAGAAAUGAUAUUUUGACAGAUUCUUGCAUGGAGAAUAGUGUCCUGAAUGGGGCAAGCAAUGGUGAUAAGUGUGCUUGUAAGGAUAAUUGCUAUGCCUGUAACCCUGAUUUUGCCUCCAUAGUGAUGAGACGGAAAGGACCUGACCUGUACAGAAAUGGAUGCACUCAGAGGAUUCGUGCACUCAAGAGGAACCUGUUAAAUGGGAAAUUUUCUCUUCCAGUGAAAGUAGGCGUUGUAAAGAAUGACGAAUCUAUCAGAGAAGAUGUAGAAGGGAAAGAUAUUUGUGCACAAGUUGCCACAGAGUCUGACAACAUGUGCUGGCCUGAGAAAAAACCAGGUGAAUUUAAAGUGACGAAGGGAGAUAACAACUUGGUCCCAGUUCAUGCUGUGAAUUCCUUUCGCCAGAGAAGGAAAAGAGCCAAUAGGUAUAAGAAAAAUAAAGCUUCCUCAUCUAAAAAUAUUCCUGGUCAGACUGCAGAAAUGUGUCAAAAAGCUGAUCCUCUCUGCCCCAAAACUUCUCCAUUUGCAGUUGAUAGCAAUGCUCAAUCUGUCGACAAUCCUAGGAUAAUGAAUCCUGAUGCUCAGAAUGGUCCAGAGUUUCCUGCAGCUCCAAAUUCUCCUGACACAACCAUAGUAGUUACUCAACUAAAAUGCAAGGAUGCUGGAAAGGAUGAUAUUGAGUCCCUAAAAGCUUGUAGUUUCCAGGAUGAGAAAAACAAGGAUGAAAUAUUGACAGACAAAAAGGAGUGGUUGAGGCAGGAAGGUGGAUCUACUGAAAAUUUAGAGGUUCCAUCAUGUAAAACAGAACAUGAGACAGUUGAUAUGUCUGUUGUAAACUCAGAUGUUAAAGCAUCUGAAUUUGUGGAAAGAUUUUGUACUAAGCCAAUAAAUAAUAAGUUUCUCAAGUACACAUUCAAAAGAAAGCGGAAGAAGGAAUCUAUGAGCAGCCCUGACAGAGAUUCCUCACUUGAUGAUGACAUUUCACGGAGGUUUACAGAAGAGAAAAAAAAUGAUUUUCUGGAGUCCCAAAAAUCUACCUUGGUAACUGAAUCAUCUCGAGGUAGUCGGCGGCUAGCUCAGGUUGCUCGUCAGCUUAUAUCAUUAUCAGAAAAGAAGUGGCAGAAGUAGAAGACUUUUCUCCCUGGCAUUCACAUGAUGAGGAUUUUGUAUCAAAUAUGAGUCAUAAUCCUCUGAGAAUAAUUCUCAAGCUGAUCUCAAGAGAUGCCAUCUGAGAAGGCAGCUGUAUCAUUGAGCUAAUAUGUUUGGUCAUUAUAUCCAUCUAUUUCUCAACAUUCUUGUACUGAUGUUGUCUUGUCUUUUAAUCCUAAAAAAUGUUAUCUUCUCCUUUAUUAAAGUUGCAAAUUGGUU